AAAUAUUUUUUUAAAUUUUAAUAAUUUUAUUAUUAUUAAUUUUAAUAAUUUAUAUAAUAAAAUAAUUUAAUUUUUACUUUGUGGCUAGUUUAUAUAUUUUAUUUAACAAUGUAUUUUGCCAUUCUAAAUUUUUCGAACGCGAAAAAUCACUUCGUAAAUAAUAUCAUAGAUAAAUAGAUAAAUUUCAUGCAACAACAACAAUAAUCAACAACAAGUAGAUAUAUUUCAUGCAACAAUAAUAAUAAUCAACAACAAUAAUAAUAAUCAACAACAAGAUAUUUUUAAUUAUAGUUGACUUGGGAGAAGAGAAGACAGGUUUACCUAACUUCACAUCGUGUCAAUCAUCUAUCUAACGUUCAUCACUAAAUUUGCCAGCAAAAUAAAAGAAUUAAAAAAGAACAUCUUGCGUAAACUGAUUCAACAACAAAAACUCAAACUUGGAACCAAAAAGACAAAUUCUAUCUAACUCUUCGAUCAUGUCUAGUCUUUUGCUGCAUUCGUAAGACAUUCUCAUGUCUGUUGGAACUCUAUUAAUUCGUCUCCUUGACCUCUCUCUGAAUUCUUACCAAGUAUGUAUUAGUUUUUUUUGCAGCGACUCUUGAUUUUUUUAAACCUAAGCUAACAUGGGUUCUGUAAUGAGCUUGAGCAAAUCAACUGCUCAGGACGAGGACUUCUCAAACGAAUCUUUCAAAAUACGAAAGACAUGUUCAUCGAACGAUGAAGAGUACUACAGAUUGAUUCCAAAUCUUCCUGAUGAGCUAUCUAUACAGAUUCUUGCUAGGCUCCCAAGAAUCUGCUACUCGAAUGUUUGGUUGGUUUCACGGAGGUGGAGAUCAGCUGUGUCGACCUCUGAGCUGUUUACUCUAAGGAAAGAGCUUGGAAGAACAGAGGAAUGGCUCUAUGUGCUGACUAAAGGCCAAGAUGAUAAGCUUUCGUGGUACGCUUUAGAUCCAGUUUCCACGAGAUGGCAGAGGUUGCCUCCUAUGCCUGUUAUUGUCUACGAAGAGGAACCUACUACAACUAGUUUGUGGAGUCUUUUUACCUUUCCCGGUAGAAAAGAGGUUUCUGAGUCCGAGCAAACGCCCUUCUGCGGCUGUGCUGUUGGUUCUGUUAAUGGGUGUCUCUAUGUUCUUGGAGGGAUCUCUAGGUCUAAAACCGUGAGCUCUGUUUGGCGGUUUGAUCCGGUUCUUAACUCGUGGAGCGAAGUGAGUUCCAUGCUGGCCAACCGUGCUUAUUCCAAAACAGGAGUGUUGGACAAGAAGCUCUAUGUUGUUGGAGGUGUUGAGAGUCGACGUGGAAGUUUAUAUCCGCUUCAGACAGCCGAGGUUUACGAUCCAGACACUGGUGUUUGGUCAGAGGUCCCCAGCAUUCCUUUCUCAAAGGCGCAGGUGUUGCACGACGCGUUCUUGGCUGAAAUGUUGAAGCCUAUAGCCACGGGGAUGACUUGUUACAACGGCAGGUUAUGUGUUACUCAGAGUUUAUGCUCUUGGCCUGUCUUUUAUGAUGCUGGAGGAAAGGUUUAUGAUCCGGAGACGAAUCUCUGGGGUGAUAUGCCCUCUGGUUUGGGUGAAGGUUGGCCUGCGAGGCAAGCGGGUACAAAGCUGAGCGUUGUGGUGGGUGGUGAGUUAUUUGGUUUUGAUCCUUCUUCUUCUUCUUCGGUGGAGAAUGGGAAAAUUAAGGUUUAUGAUCAAAAGGAAGAUACUUGGAAAGUUGUUAUAGGGGAAGUCCCUGUUUAUGAUGUGACAGAUUCAAAAUCUUCUUAUUUGCUUGCUGAGUUUCAUGGGAAGCUUCAUUUUAUUACUAGAGAUGCUGAUUGUAACGUUUCCGUGUUAAGGGAUAAUGUCAAUGAGAUCCCAGGCUCUUCAUCAUCAUCAUCAUCAUUGUCUAGCUCCAAGUCUGUUUUGGGGUCAUGCUCUUUGAAGGAAAAGGGGAAUGGAGAUAUUAAGUCAGACUGUGUUAUUUGGAAAGUCAUUGCAAGCAAGGACUUAGGUGCUGCUGAACUUGUUAGCUGCCUAGUUAUGGAUAUAUGAAAACGAAGAAUCUUUGCUCAUUUCUUGUGAGACAUUAAGAGUUUCUGUGUACAGCCAAAUGCAACAGUUUGAAGCUUUAUUAUAUGUUCUUCCAAAGAUUUAUAGAAGUCUAAUUCUUUGA